ACCUUCCGUCUUUUCCUUAAAUUAAGAUAGUCGAUAAAAAAAAGUACUCUUCCAGAAAACGACGACGUCAAAGCGGUGAAAGUGAGAUACACGGCCAGUCGGCCACCACGGCCUUGGGUCCCACUCCGCCAAAAUACCUUCAAUCAAACCAAAGAUUAGGAAUCCACCAUUAUAAAAAGCUGCAAACAGCAACCAAAAAAGCAGAGAAAAAAAUAUACUGUAUACUAAAAAUGAUGAACAACUUGAAGAAGAAGAAGGUUGAUUAUGGCAAGAUGAUUUAGGGUUUUGAACUUGUUUUGAGUGAGAAAAGCUCUGUUGUGGUCUGUGCGUUUGUAAAUUCUGAAGAAACCCUAACGCUAGCAGCUCGGUGGACUUUUCACUAGUCUAAUAGCUUAAUUUUGUAAUCUGGGGUUUCCGAGAUUCACUGAGAUAUACUUCUGAAACCCCAAAAGAAAUGGACAGAUCAAGAUCUAAGAGAUACUAUUACGACCAGGAUUACGAAUCCGACAACUUACCCAGGACUAAACAGAGGUACAACCCUCACCAUUAUGCACCGACCCAUCACCGCCGUCCUGUUUCCGGAGGAGGAGGAGGAGGUCGGAAAAUGCAGGACCCUGCACUCAUGGUUACUACUACUUAUCGGAUUUUAUGCCAUGAUAUUAAGGCGGGUGGUGUUAUUGGGAAAUCUGGGAGUAUUAUUAAGGCGAUUAGGCAGCAUACUGGGGCAUGGGUGAAUGUGCAUGAACUGAUUCCAGGAGAUGAUGAACGUAUCAUCGAGAUUUCCGAUACUCGGAGGAGGGAUCCUGAUGGUAGAAUGCCGGCGUUUUCGCCAGCUCAGGAGGCAUUGCUGAUGAUACAUGAGAGGAUUUUGGAUAGUGAUACUGGAGGAGGAGGGUACAGUUGUGGAAUUGAUGUGGAGGAGGAGUUUAGGAUGAGAGGCGUCAGUGGGAAUAAUCGUGCGGUGACAAGGUUGGUGGUGACUAGAAUGCAUGUGGGAUGUUUGCUAGGGAAAGGAGGGAAAAUUAUUGAGCAAAUGAGGAUGGAGACUAAGACCCAUAUUAGAAUUUUGCCCAGAGAUCACAGUUUGCCGCGUUGCGUUUCAAUGUCAGAGGAGAUUGUUCAGGUUGUUGGGGAAAUAAAUGCUGUGAAAAAGGCUGUAGAAAUUAUUUCCUCACGCUUGAGGGAGAGCCAGCAUCGUGAUCGGGGUCACUUUCCUGGUCGGCCACAUUCUCCUGAGCGGUUUGUCCCUCCUGAUGACGAAUUUAUCCCCCACAUGAACAGUACAACUCGCAGGAUGUCUGAAAAUGGGUCUGCUUUUGGAUCAAGACUGCCUGCUGGUAUGAGCAGUGGUCGAAGCAACAACUAUUCCUCAUCCUCGUCUGGAUAUGCUAUUGAAUCUGGAAUCGCUCCCAGCAAUGAUAAUGGGCAGGUCAUGUAUGUUGAAGAUCUUGUGUUCCGAAUUCUCUGUCCAGUUGACAAGGUUGAUACUGUUGCUGGGGAAUCAGAUGGAAUUAUAGAGUUGCUUCAGAAUGAGAUUGGUGUGGAUGUGAAGAUCUUGAAUCCCGUUGCCAGCUCAGACGAACAGGUCAUAAUCAUUUCGUCUGACGAGGGUCCAGAUGAUGAGCUGUUUCCUGCUCAGGAAGCUCUUUUGCAUAUUCAAACCCGCAUUGUUGAUCUUGUUCCAGAGAAGGAAAAUGUUAUUACGACUCGUUUAGUUGUGCAAACAGAUGAAGUUGAAUGUUUGGGAGGAAGAGAUGGACUAUUAUCUGAUAUGCAGAAAAUAACGGGUGCUACUGUCAAGAUUCUACCAAAGGAAGAACUUCCACCAUGUGUGUCAAGGACUGAUGAAGUUAUACAGAUUGUUGGAGAGAUCAAAGCAGCUAGAGAAGCUCUUGUUGAAGUGACAUCGAGGCUUCGGAGUUUUACUUAUCGGGAGUUUUUUCAAAAGGAUAUACCCUCACCGGCAAUCCCUGCCUCAAGCCCUGCUAGGAGUACUAUUGGAGCAGACAAAAAUUCUUUCAAUAACACAUCUCCAUCUCAACAAAACUACAGUGUGAAUGAUGUUCCAACUUCAAUCUAUCAAAAUGCACCCGCCAAACCAAUCUCACAGCCAGUAAAAGAAACUGGGGCAUCUGCCAGUGAAAUAGCCAAGCAAAAUGAAAGUGAGCGUCGUGAAGAUAUUCCGAGCGGAUUGAAUAGAAUGCAUGUAACAUUGGUCACUAGAAGUAUAUUGGAAGUUGUCAUACCUCCACAUGCAGCGCCCAAACUGAUAACAAAAUCAAGAAAUAAGCUUGCUCAGAUUAGUGAGUUGUCAGGAGCAAAUGUUAAAUUGAUUGAGGAUAGACCCGAGGUAACAGAUAAGAUCAUACAAAUAUCAGGCACUCCGGAGCAAGCAGAGAGAGCUCAAAGCCUGCUUCAAGGAUUUAUUUUAAGCACCCUAGAAGAUGGCCCCUGAAACACUGUGACACGUUUGUGUGGCAAGUAAUGGUCCAAGCCUGGAGGUGCCUUGCAAUUUUUCCUUUGUAGGCCGACUUCCCUAAAAUUGUCCGUUAUAGUAGGGUAUCCUUGGCCAUCGCGAGGCACUGACAAGUAAGAAUGUACAAUAUAAAAACUUGGUGCAUAUGUUAUGUGUAAUGCUUAAUGCCUCAAAUUGUUGUGUUGUAUGUUGGAAUGUACUAUCAACAGUCCUGCACUAUAGAGGAAUGUAGUUAAGCCUUUUGUGCAAACUCAGGCUGGUGCUUAUUUUUAUGCAAAAAUGGAAUGCCUUUUCUUUUUGUU